AUGUCAACUGGAAAUUCAGACGAGAUUGAGCUUUCGAGAGUCAGAGGUGCUGGAAUUAGCGAGCCUCUUGACGCAACCAUGAAUGAUGAUAGUAUCGAUGAAAACAAUGAUAUUAUGGUCAGAACUGGUAUAAGCGAAGCAAUUGAUCCGAAGAAACGGACAUUUACAUUUGGUCCAGACCCAGACGGUGUAGAUGGCGUAAAUGAUGCAGAGAAUGUAAAGACCGCAGGCAUGGCAGAUAUUGCAGCAGAGACCACGGAACGUUUAGAAGACUCUGACGAUAAGCCACCAGACGGCGGCUUUAAAGCAUAUUCCGUAUUAGUAGGUUCUUACUUCACGAUUUUGACCAACUUAGGCCUUAUUAAUUCUGUUGGUGCGAUCCAGACGUAUGUCUCUGAGCACCAGUUGGCAGGCAUUAACGCUAUUAGUGUCUCGUGGAUUUUCUCUAUCUACCUUUGUCUUGCAUACGGGGUAGGCCUUGUCACAGGUAGUAUAUUUGACAAGAAAGGUCCUACGGGAUUGUUGAUUGUAUCGACUGUAUUGAUUGUUGCAGGGUUAUUUGGUGCAGCCUACAGUAAGACCGUUUACCAAUUUAUUUUGAGUUUUAUGGCUGUUGGGAUUUCAAACGGUUUAUCGCUUACUCCAUCGGUUGGUGUUAUUAAUCACUGGUUUUCCAAUAAAAAGAUAGGAGCGAUUCAAGGCCUUUCUACUAGCGCAGGCUCUUUGGGUGGGUUAGCAUUCCCAUUAUUGUUGAGAUACUUAUACCCUACUUAUGGAUUUUCAAUAGCGCUUAUUGUUUUGGGAUGUAUCUGUUUUGGAUGUAUGUUAAUUGGAAUUGCUUUAAUUAGAGAAAGAGUAAAGAGACAGUCACAAGAAGUAACUUCCUUAUCUAAUGCAAGGCCUGAAACAUUAUCAAAAUGGAAGAAAGUUAAGAAAGAAUCGAAAGUUUUGAGUUUUAAACAUUUGAAAGAUACUAAAUAUGUUCUUCUUAUUGUGGGUGCAUUUUUCGCUGAACUUUCAUUAGUGUUGAUUGUCACCUAUUAUGCUACGUAUGCAAUUGCACAGGGUGUCUCAGAAUCAACCGCUUAUAUAUUGUUAACUGUUUGGAACGCUACUGGUAUAUUGGGCAGAUUUUUGCCAGGUUUGGGGUCUGAUUUCUUUGGGAAGUUCAACAUGAAUAUCUUGAUGCUUUUAGGCUAUAAUAUAUCCAUUUUCGUAUUGUGGGUACCUUUUGGAUACAACUUGAAAGUUUUGUAUGCAUUCGCAGCUCUUGGAGGUUUUUUUCUGGGACUGAUUUUGUCAAUGGUUCCAAUUUGCUUGUCCCAAAUUAGUUUAGUUGUCGAAUUUGGAGAAAGAUAUGGGUUAUUAAAUUUCUUCCUCAGUUUGGGUAAUUUGUUCGGUGUUCCAAUAGCAGCUGUUAUUAUUGGAAAUGGAAGCGUCCACAAUUACAAAAUGUUUUCAAUCUUGGUUUGCGUGUGUUCCGUUAUUGGGACCCUAUUCUGGUAUUUGAGUAGACACUCAAUUGUUGGAUUUAGAUUGAAUGUAAAAAUUUAA